CCGCUGUGGUGUUCGCUUUGUUUUUCAAUGAGCAGAGGAAUCCGGAGAACUUGAUAAGAAUUCCAAGAGCUUGUUAAUAGGGUCAAAAAAAGCUGUCAGAUAAAAGAAUAUUGAAGAGCUUUUAAACUUCAUACUACAGCAAGUCAUUGGCAGCUUUGUUUCGUAAUUACUGGCUGUACGUACUUGGAUUUCAAUUGACUGAGCAUUUAACCUUGGUCCACCGGCCUCAAAAUGAGCGUAUACUAUAACAGACCUAGCAGCAGCAGUAGUAAGCGUCGGAGUAACCAAAUCAAAAUCGUUCUUCACUCCAUCGCUAGGCCUACUGGUAAAAAGAGCUCUGUACAGCGCAAGGAGAUGACUCGAAAGGAAACAGCUUCACCGAUGAUGACAUUUUUCUCGGGUCCUGGUUUCGAGCCUCGGGAACUGGAACUCGACUUGCGGGAUUUGGUUGGAGUAAACAUAAAUGAUUUAGAUGACUCUUUGAAAGGUAUUUUACUCGACGAUACGAAGAGGCCGGGCUCUACUGACGUCGAUGAUAUUGAUAACGUCUCGAUUGUGUCCGAGAUCUCGACUUGUAGCUCCGCAGUUACUGUGACUUUGGAGCCGGUUGAUGAGGAGCCAAGUGCUACAAUACCUAAGCCACCUUCUUCACCGACUCCAUGGAAAACUGCCGAACCUUUUAGCUAUCCUUCGUCGAGUGAGGCAGAAGAAGAAGAUAGUAGGAAAAGUGGACGAAAGAGCAAGAAGAUUUCAAAUUUAUUUUCAUUCAAUUCCGGUAUUGCAAACCCCAGCCCAGGGCAUUCCGAAAAUCAGCAGUUAGAACGUAGUUCAAGUGAGCGUAGAAAGAGAAGGUCAUCCUUAACGAAGUUAAUGUCGCCUUUAGCAUUAAGCAUUUUUACAGCGAGUGGCCUUCCAAGCGCUCCCAUCAAUGUUGCUGAAAUGAGACCCGAUUUGUUCGAAAAAGAGUCCAAAAAAUCUUCCAGUCAGAGUAAAGCAAGUAGGAAGCUCUCCUUGACAAUGUUCCAAAAGCAAAGCUCGUCAGAUAAAAGUGAAACUAAAAAGCGCAGGAAUACAGAUCCUAAUUUGAUUCAAAAACUCAAGACUUCCACCAUAGUGGAAUCGGAGUCAGAGGGUCUGAAAGCAGAGAGCGAUGAACCAAACCAAGAGAGAGUGAGAAAAGUAUCUUUCAACUCGUUAGCGCCAAGCGUACAGGAUCUGAAAGAAAAUGAUCUGCGCGUUGAACCCGAACAGGCCAGCUUCAAAGAAGAAGACAUUAGGUUGAGAGAUUUGAUGGGAAAAGUCCUAAGGUCUCACAUGCUGUCAAUGGUAGAUUACAAACGUGAGACCUGUGACCGCACUGGGAAAAGCAUUAGUAAAAUCAUCAAGACUAUAGUAGAAUCAAUCAAGGAAUCAGAGGGACUGCCAUCCAAAGUGGCUUGUCUGGUUUACAUCGCAGCGGUCAGAGACGAGGGAAUAUUCAUGUCUACGCAAGCCUUGUGGGAUUCGAACCAAGAUAAUUUUGCUGCUGCUAGUUUUAGGAAUGACUCUGUUUUUGGACUCGCAGUUGUCAUAGCAACACCUUACAUUUAGAGCUAUCGUGUGGUCAUGGCAAUACUACUUACAUCAUUUGACGUCAAUGUACUUUUGACGCAACAAUCGUGAUAGCAACGCCUUACUUUGAGUAACAACAUAUUUUGCUAUUACUUGUGCUGUCUUGGUAACAUCCUACUGCUACUUCAUUCUCGGGGUUUCAUCUGUUACCACAGUUACACCACAUAUCUACCCCAUGUUGCUGAAACUGUACAAUUAAUGUUGGCCUUGACAACGCCUGCAUUUUCUCCAUUUUCACCUUUUGUUUCAUGCAGUUUUGGUCAAGAGAAAAUAUUAAUCACCUUUUCCAGAAAUUUCUCUUGGUUACCCUCAGGCGCAUAGUGAUGACUUUAAGAACACUCCUGACUUCCAUUCGAUCGCGGCUCAUCAAAAACACUACGUGCACGCUGUGAACUAUAGUAUAGCUAGUGUAUUUAUUAGGACAUAAAACAGAAUCCACAAUGUAA